ACCGGGAAGCACCGGGAUACCGGUACCGGGGUGAGGAGUUCGAGGCCUGAGCCCGGCGAUCGGAGCCCGCCGCCAUGUCGGCCGCCUUCAGGAAAGCGUCUAAAUCGAAGCAGCGCCCACACCGCGAGCGGUCACAGCCCGCCUCCCGGAGGAAGCUGGGGCUGCUGGAGAAGAAGAAGGACUACAGGCUCCGCGCUCGUGACUACCACAAGAAGCAGAAUGCCCUCAGAGCGCUUCAAAAGAAAGCUCUGGACAAGAAUCCCGAUGAGUUCUACUUUAAAAUGAUACGUGCAGAGCUGAAGGAUGGAGUUCAUAUUAAAAAGCUGCCAAAGGAUGAAGUGACUCCUGAACAGGUCAAACUGAUGAGGACGCAGGAUAUUAAAUAUGUGGAAAUGAAGAGAGUGGCAGAAGCCAAGAAAAUCGAGAGGCUGAAGUCGGAGCUCCAUCUGCUGGAUGCGGAGGGGAAGAGUCCCAACAAGCACGUGUUCUUCUUUGAUACCAAAAAAGAAGUUCAGGAGUUUGAUAUUGCAACUCAUCUGGAUACUCUUCCGGAGCUCGUAGAUAGAGUGUACAACCGACCAACCAUUGCGACCCUGCAGAAAGAGACACUGAAAGGAGCUACUGAUCCUUUCCACUUAAAGAAAUUAGCCCAGCAAAGGAAGAAUCAGUACGACCUCCUGAAGCAGCGCAUUGAAAGGGAAAAGGCCAUGUUCGUUGUUGCACAGAAGAUCCAGACGCGUAAAGAUCUUUUGGACAAAACUCAUAAAGUGAAGGUGAAGAAAGAGACAACAAAUGGGCCAGCUAUUUACAAGUUCAAAUUCCAGAGGAAACGUUAGCCAUUCCAUUGAAUAAAUGCUACCACCAUUGCUUAGGAAGGAAGAGGAUUCACGUUAGGAAGGAGAAGUGAGGCACCACAUCCCAUUGUUUUUCACUGCAGCCUAACACUUUGUUAAAACAAAUCACUGUGGGCCUGCGGUAGCCAUAAAUAUAUUGUAUCUAAUGAAUUGAUUAAUAAAUCUGAGUUUGUUCUCUUGGU